AAGAGCAGAAAAGGUCUCUGGAACACAACAGAACUUUGGUAAGAAGAGAAGAUCAAGCAUGCAGGACUGUGGACUCCAGUGGUAAAAGAGGUCUCCAAGUGACUCACUAACAGACAUCCAGCUCUGCAAGGUGUGACUGAGUAAGAAACAGUGGAACAACAAACAGGACCCAAGUAAAACCAUCUGGCAGCGUUCAGCACUAUCAUACAGGUCCUCCUGUUCUCCUCUCCAUAGUGAAUCCCUGAUCUCCUGUGAAUUUUCUGGUGUUUCACUGUCACUCUGAGACACAUCCAGUUCUGCAAGAACACCUGUGAGAACCGCAGAGCACCAGGCUGUGAUGAACAUCAGUUGGUCCGAGUGUCUCUGUUUGAUCCUCCUGCUUCUUCAACUCACCACUGUCUCCACAUUGGAGAGUUUUGAGGUUCUUGGUCCAGCUCAUCCUGUAGUUGCUGUAGUUGGUGAAGAUGUUGUUCUGCCCUGUUACCUCAAACCCAACAUCAGUGCUGUGGACCUACAUGUCGAGUGGUUCAGAGUUCAGACCAAUAACCCUCUUGUACAUCUUUACCAAGAUCAUGAGGACAGAAAUGAGAAUCAGAUCCCAUCCUACAGGGGAAGGACAUCACUGUUCCCUGAGGAACUGAGGAACGGAAACACUUCAUUGAAAGUGAAAAAUGUGAAAGGAUCUGACAAUGGAAAGUAUAAAUGUCUUGUCCAGUCAGGGGAAUUUUUUGAUGAUUCUUCCAUUGAAGUUUAUAUUAAAGCUGUAGGAACCCAACCAGUGAUCUCCACUGAGGGAUAUAAAGAAGGAGGGAUCAGUCUGGUGUGUGAAUCUAAAGGCUGGUACCCUCAGCCUCAAGUGGUCUGGAUGGACAGUGAAGGACACAGUCUCCCUGCUGGACACACAGAGACACACACAGACAGUAUGGACCUCUUCACCGUGAGACGACGUGUUAUUGUACAGGAGACAGAGACCAACAGGUUCACCUGUCGAGUUCUACAGCAGCAGAUAAAUGAAAUGAAAGAGACAAUAACUAACAUCCCUGGUGAGAUGUUUCAUUGUGCCCAUCCCUGGAAGGUGAUCUUUGUUGUGGUCUUCACUCUGGCUGCUGUUUGUAUUAUUGGAUGCACAAUUUUGCUUCACCGUUUUGUAAAACGGCGGAAAAGGAGAGCUCAGCUCAAAGAACAGCAUGGUGAGCUCGAAGAACAACAUGGUGAGCUCAUGAAACGGGAUGGUCAGCUCAUGGAACAGGAUGGUGAGCUCCAAAGACAGUAUAAACUGAUCACCAGUCAACUGACUCUAGUAAACAUGCUCGUGAGAGCUGAACUUCUGAAGGCACAAAGAUACGCAGUUGAUGUGACUCUGGACCCUGAUACAGCACAUCCUGAACUCAUCCUGUCUGAGGACAGGAAACAAGUGAGAUGUGGAGACACAUGGCAGGAUCUCCCUUACAAACCAGAGAAGUUUACACACCUGGAAAGUGUGCUGGGAAAAGAGGGUUUUUCUUCAGGGAGACAUUACUGGGAGGUGCAGGUUGGGGACAAGACUGAGUGGACUUUAGGAGUGGUUAGAGAGUCCAUCAACAGGAAGGGAGAAAUUACACCGAAUCUUAAAAAUGGUUUCUGGGCUCUCAGUCUGUCCAGUGGGAAUGAAUUCGAGGUUCUCACUGAGCCCCCUCUGUCCUUCAACGUGAAUAUGAAGCCCCAGAAGGUGGGGGUGUAUGUGGACUAUGAGGAGGGUCAGGUCUCCUUUUACAGUGUGGAGGACAAGUCUCAUCUCUACACUUUCACUGGAUAUAAAUUCACUGAGAAACUCUAUCCGUUCUUCAGCCCAGGAUUCUGGUAUCGCAGUGAGAAUUUAGCCCCACUGAUAAUAUCUCCUGUCGGUGACACAGACUGAAGAAACUCAUUUUAGCUUUUAAUGUUGAGGUCAUGAUGCCAUAUUCUGAUUUAUUUUCCCAUCUCACCCUCAUUCAGGCUUUGCAAUUUCUCCACCUAAACACAUCUUUUGUACAUUGUGAUGCUUUUAAAUAAAUAUUGUUUAACAGCAAUUCUGUGUUUUAAAGUUCCAUCAUGUGGAAGUAAACAGAAUCAUGUCAUACAAAAUUCAAUGGUUUUCAAACAGAUCACAGCAUUAAAAUUAAUGAGUCUCUUCAUUAUUGUAACGACUCGUGUUACUGUUCUGAGCGGGAAGAGUUUUUAUUGUAAUUCAUUCAAUUUAGGUGACGUACGGGGAAUAUAAUGGGGUGAUUGCAGCCGCCUGGAAGGGAAAGCCUGGGGCGCUAAGCAGGUUGGGAAAGGUGACACAGGGAAAACAGGCAAACUCCACAUAGACUGAGCAGGGAUCAAACCCAUCUUCUCUCACACCACCCAGGCACUGUGAAACAGCAGCACUAUUUGCUGUGCCACUGAGCCACCCAGUACCAUAUACAGUACUGGUACCAAGGCACUGGGCUAUAUUGUAUAGACUGCAAUCAGUACUGAAAUAAAAAUUUUGCAAUGCCAACAUCCCGCUCUGUGUCUCAUUAAACAUGAUUAAGUUUAAGCUAUAUUUCCCAUGAGGGGAGCGUGGUGAUGCAGCAGAUUUGGCCGGUUCUUGCUCUCUGAUGGGUCUGGGGUUCCA